UGGAAAUCCAGCUAUGAUCAACACCAACACAUAAUAGAUUAGAGCUGAUCUAUAAAGCUUUACUAAACGAUCUAUUAAACAUUAAUAAAUCCAAUAUAGGUGCAACUUAUACACCUUUUAUAAUGGUGUCCUAAAGUGACACCACAUUGGAAAACCGACGAUAUAAGCCCCAGAUUCUGAGUGACCAACAUGUCCAAUGUCCACCCCUCAGACUUGUCACUGCUGUGUGUAGCUGCCGUCCAGCAGUGAUUGAUGGGGCACGUCGCCCUUGCCCUGCACCGAGGACCCCGUCCAAUAAUAAGUCGUGUCCCUCAGAGAUACGAUGUUCGGUCUUGCGCUGCUUCUCCUUGACCCGCACGCUGAGAUGAUGUACAGUGUGUGUGUGUGGCCUGCUCCUUUGCCAUUUGUGUGCGGCGUAUGGGAGCGCAAAGCUUUCACACGCCUUGCGCACGACUUCAUCCUAUUGGAUGAGCAGGGCAGUGGAUAUUGCAAGUGAUGAGAGAGAGGGAGAGAGAGAGAGAGAGAGAGAGAGAGAGAGCAGCUUUCACCAGCUCCUCUCACCAACGGCAGACACACGGUGCUCGUUAAUCGGCUCCAGAUGCCUUUACAGUAAACGCGCGUCUGCGGGCUGUGCGGAUUGCCUCCUCUCUUCUUAAUCACACAGACCUAUCUUUGUGUCAUCGAACAAAAAAAGAGGAAGAUUAUGGGAUUGCGUGUAAUUUCAGAGCACGUGGGAAGCGUAUUAGCGAGGCUGGCGGCUGUGCGCCCGUCCUCCCUGUGAUGGAGGAGCGCGGUGGUGGUGGUGGUGGUGCAUCGGUGGAAAAGAGUGAAAGGUGCGGAGAAGAUCGUCACUGAAGACACCGAGGGGCUCCUGCGCGUUUGGACAAGGUCAGAGUCUAGCCUGGAUGAGAUUAUGUCCAUGUGGAGACAACAAGGACGGACUUUCAUGCUUCCUCUCGAGGGACGAGGUCGCCUGAGGAUGUCCCUUCAAAACCAAGAGUUUCACUCCCUGUGUUGGAUUGCAGAGGCAGCGAGAAUCCCUCCAUCUGCAUGAUCAUGGUUGAGUUUUGACAACCUCCGAGCUGCAUGGCUCCUUUCUUGCCGCCCUCAGCCUGCAGAUAAAGUUUCUUCGCUCUGCUCGACGGCUGGAUGAUUUGUCGGCCAUCGAUUCGUUUAAUUGCACGCAGUUGAACCCAGUUCAGGUGAUUUAGAGGCUGCUGGUUAAAGAGGAGGAGGAGGAGGAGGAAGAGGAGGCGGAGGGGUUGCAGCGGAAUUGAAUUCCAUCAGAGCAGCAACAAAACAGCGGCGGCCAGCUGUGUCUCUGGACGGUCACAUCUGUCGUUGUUGUCGUCGCUGUCCAUGGUGCUGAACUCGUGCUCCAGGAAUGGUGGAGACGCUGAGUAUCGCAGUCAUCGGUGCUCCCGGAGUGGGGAAAACUUCUAUUAUCCGCCAGUUCAUCUAUAACGAUUUCUCGGAGGUGUACACGCCGACCAGGACCAGAUAUGUGUACAGACCCUCCGUCAUACUGAACGGGAACAUGUAUGAGCUGAAGAUUUUGGACGUCCCGCCAAUCUCCUCCUUUCCAUCAAGCUCCAGUCAGGAGUGGCUGGAUUUGCGCUGCAGAGGUGUUCGCAAUGCCAAUGCCUACAUCCUGGUGUAUGACAUCUGCUGCGUGGAGAGCUUUGAAUAUGUCAAAAUGAUCAGGCAGCAGAUAGUGGAGCACAGGGAAGGCAGCAGCAGUGAGGUGCCAAUCCUGGUGGUGGGCAACAAGAGAGAUCUGCAGCGACAGCGCUUCAUGCCUCGCAGGGCAGUGUCAGUUCUGGUAAAGAAGACCUGGAAGUGCGGUUACGUUGAGUGCUCUGCCAAGUUUAACUGGCACGUAGUCCUGCUCUUCAAAGAGCUGCUGGGCAUCGCUGUGGCACGGGGCAUGCGCCAGAACCACACCUCCAUCCGUCUGCAGGGGGCGCUACAAAGGAACCGCUGCACCAUCAUGUGACCCAGAGAGCUCCCUCCACUCCUCUCCCCUCAGGCGUGGAGCGGCAGUGGAGAAAAGGACUUCCUAUCUAAAUGGCUGGAAAUAUACCCUGUGGCCUCCUGCUUUACUGAGCUGAUUUUUCAAAAUGAGGUUUAUGAGACUCUUGCGCUGUAAAAUUCACACAUGGUUAUCCAACCACUUCCUAGUCCAAUUCUGCCAAAUGUAUAGAUGCUAUGGGGGAGAUAGAAGAGGCGGAAGCUGGUGGAAACCAACAUGACUAGCAUUGCACACUUUUUCCUCACAUCAACCAGACAGUUAGACAUUUGAAGUUGUGCUUCCCAAAUUACACAGCAGCGACUCUUAUUGAGGGUUGUCUUGUGUAGCUGGGUUUAACAGGAUGGAAGCUGUGAUUGUGAGACUCAAAACGGAGAGGCAGCAAUAUCAUCGAGUCUUCCUUUUGAAUUUGUCAUAUUCAGUAAGGUCAACAGCAAACGCUCAUACCAGACAUAUUUGGAUUUCUUUGAUGGUGUGUGGUUAAUGGUCAGCAACACAGAAUUAUGAAGAGCAAAAAACAGCUACUGCUUCACUUCUGGGGCGAUUAUCUCGAAAUGUUUAGAUAAGAUUAGAUGGUGUUUAGCUGUAUAUUCUGAGAGGUAGCCUGCUUUUUUUUUUCUUUCCCUGUUCCUGUUUCAAACUUGUCCAGCGGUAAAAGCUGUUUGUUCAGACAAGGGUGUUUUAAGGUUGUCUUGCAGCAGAAAAUACUGCAGUCCUUAUCAUGAUGUACUGUAGGGCUUUAAUCUUCUCCCUCCUCUCACUCUGUGUCUGUUUCUGAUGAAUACAUUAAAUCCAGGGAACUGGGGACCUGCAGGAGGCUGCAGAGCCUGAAACGAGAAGCUGUGCAUGCAGCAUAGCUGUUUAUGUGUGUGUGUGUGUGUGUGUGUGUGUGUGUGAGAGAGAGAGAGAGAGAAAGAGAGAGAGAGAGAGAGAGAGUGGGAGAUGGAGACAGAGAGAGGCUGGUUUGAUAGCUGACAUUCAGGCAAGCAAAGGACUGACACAAAAAGAUAAGAGACAGAUGUUGAAGCUUUGGGUUGGGAAGGAGCAAUAAAAUCCCACAGGGCUGUCCUGACUGGCUGUGUGUAACACCGUAAUAUAUUAAAAUUGUCCCUAAAUACGAUGAAAUCCACUCGCACUCAGCUUAUCCUGCAGAAAGCUCAAUGACUUACACAAAACAGCCCAUGAGUACAUCAUAGACACACAGGGAACCUUAACAGAGCUUUCCUAUCAAUAUCUGAAGACUAUUUAAUUGGAAAUGUUGUGAGAUUAACAGUUGCUUUUUCUUUUGAUUAGGCCUAGUUAGAUAGUUUGUGAAUAUGGCCGCACUGAAAGUAAGCAGAUCUACUGUAUAUAAGAGUGAUUCAUAGAGUAAUUGAUUUGCAUGCUUUUGUUGGUAGAGCCAAUGAGUCAGGGUUUAAUUGCACUGAUGUUUAAAUUUGAUAUUGUGUUUAAUUUUUGUAAUACAUGGUUUUCUGACACUGUAAUGAGCAGCUGAGUGGAGUGAAUGUGGUCGUUUUUUUCAUUGGCAUGUGAGAGCACAAGCUCAUGAUUCUCUGUAAGAUGUAGUGCUGAAUCCUUCAACCAGGACAGAUGGCUGUGUGUAGUUUUUUUUUCCUAGAUAAAAAAAGAAAUAUGUAGCAGAGAUACACUAGAAAGCAACUGUGUGUAGCAUGAGUUCUCAUCAGUUUGUCUGCUGCGCGUUUCCAAAUAAAAAGGGCUACAGUUUUGUAUCAGAAACAUUACUUGUAUUUAUUUUUACUGUGUUAGUACUGUGUGUUAUUUGUUUUUGGGGUUUUUUUCGUUUUUUUGACACAUGAUGAAUUAUUAAAUGCAUUUGAGAACUGCAA